AUGUCCGUGUCCGGACCAACCAUAGCACCUGUGGAGGAGGGCAAGUUGCUCAGUGAAUCCCUGAGUACCGUGAAGAUUCAAGUCCAACAGAUGAAGCGGCAUCUGGAACUCGACCAGCUAAUGGACGCGCUCAAGAGCGCGAGCUUGAUGCUGGCCGAGCUUCGCACAUCCUCGCUCUCGCCCAAACAAUACUAUGAGCUUUAUAUGGCUGUCUUCGAUGCCCUUCGUCACUUAUCCAACUAUCUAUAUGACGCACACGUCCAAAACCGACACCACCUCGCCGAUCUCUACGAACUUGUACAAUAUGCCGGAAACAUUGUCCCCCGUCUGUACCUCAUGAUCACUGUCGGUUCCGUGUACAUGUCUAUUCCCGACGCACCCGUGAAGGAGGUCAUGAAGGACAUGCUGGAGAUGUCUCGCGGAGUGCUGCAUCCCAUCAGAGGGUUGUUCCUGCGCCAUUACCUUAGCGGUCAGACGAGGGAUCACCUACCUAUCGGGGAUGAUGCUGGUCCCAAGGGCAACCUCCAGGACUCUAUUAACUUCGUGCUCACCAACUUCAUCGAGAUGAACAAGCUAUGGGUACGACUUCAGCACCAAGGCCAUUCAAGAGAUCGCGAGAAGAGGGAAAUGGAGCGUAAGGAGCUGCGCAUCCUCGUCGGCACGAACCUCGUCCGCCUGAGCCAGUUAGAAGGCGUUGACCUCGACAUGUAUCAGAAGAUAAUACUUCCUAGCAUCCUGCAGCAAAUUGUCGUUUGCAAGGACGUUAUUGCGCAAGAGUACCUCAUGGAGGUCGUUAUCCAAGUCUUCAUCGACGAGUUCCACCUCUACACCCUCGGUCCCUUCCUCUCCGCCACCGCACAACUACACCCCAAGGUCAAUAUCAAGCAGAUUGUCAUCGCGCUGAUCGACCGACUGGCCGCAUACGCAGCGCGUGAGGCGGAGAACGAGGAUCCCGAAGAGACGAAAAGGCAGGAGGAGGCCGCGGCCCGUCGUCUGGCCGAGAAGGUCAAGCAAGCGCGAGGCCUGCGACAUAACGACGAGGGCGUAUCGUCCCCCGUAAGCGAAUCGGCACCGACGCUUAACAACGAGUGGGGUUCGCCGCCCACGAGCCCUGUAGCCGCCGAAAAGUCUCAAGAGGCGACGUCUCCCGUUGUGAAUGGCAACGGUACUGCUGAAGGUGGUGAGGAGGAGAAGGGGGGGAAGGAUGGGAAGGGCAAGGAGAAGGAGAAGUUGGAGCCGGAGCCGGAGCAGGUCAAGAAGUUCAGAGGUGUUCCGGAGAACGUGAAGCUGUUCGAGGUAUUCUGGCAUCAAGUGGUAGAGCUUAUCAAAGCUCGUCCGGACCUCUCAAUACAGGAUAUAACCGCCCUUUUGGUUUCGCUAACAAACCUGUCACUAAGCUGUUAUCCGGAUCGACUCGAAUAUGUGGAUCAGAUUCUCGGAUUUGCGGCAGAGAAAAUCACGGAGUUCAAAGACAGCCCUGACCUGCACCAUCCGCAAACGACUGCUAACCUUUCCGCACUGCUCAAUGCGCCCAUCAACUCCUACCAAUCAGUCCUCACCCUCCUCGCACUACAGCAGUAUACUGCGCUCCUCACACAGCAGCCGUACUCAACACGACGUACACUCGCCCAUUCCCUCGUCUCCUCUGUUCUAAAGAACGAGACCGUCAUUGAGACGCCUGAGGAUGUCAAUGGCAUCCUUGAGCUGUGUCACGUUCUCAUCCGUGAUCAGCAAGAUGCUGCGACUGGUCCCAUGCACGCUCAGCAAUUGGGCGGGAAGGACCCCCGGAGAGGACCCUAUUACAACGAGCGGGAGGAACUGGCUGAGGAGCAGGGUUGGGUUGCGCGCAUGAUCCACCUCUUUCGGUCAGAAAACCUGGAUGUCCAGUUCGAGGUCCUGCAAACGGCAAGGCGACACUUCGAGACCGGCGGCGACCGAAUGCGCUACACUUAUCCUGCACUCAUCACAUCUGCGAUCAAGCUGUGCAGAAGAUACAAGAACCGCGAGCACCUCGAGGACGACUGGCAGUCCAAAGUGUCCACGAUCCUCAAGUUCGUCCGCCAACUCAACUCGAUUCUCUCCUCCAACGUCGAAGCGCCCACAAUCGCGCUUCGUCUUUUCCUCCUUGCCGCACAGGUCGCCGACGAGUGCGGGUUCGAGAACCUUACGUACGACAUGUAUGUCGACGCAUUCACCGUGUACGAGGAUAGCAUCUCGGAGAGCCGCGCACAGCUCCAGGCGAUCACCCUCAUUAUUGGCACGCUACAGGGCGCGCGAGUGUUCAGCGAGGACAACUACGACACGCUAAUCACGAAGGCUGCACUGCACGGUGCGAAGCUACUCAAGAAGCCUCACCAGGCGAGCGCGGUGAAUUUGGCGAGUCAUCUGUGGUGGCAGGAGGUACCCCCUGAGGAGGAACCGGCUGAAGCGGAAAAAGAGGGCGAGAAGCAGAACGGGACGAAGGAAGAGGGAGAGAAGAAGGCGGUGAGUUAUCCUCUGCAAGAUAGCAAGCGCGUCCUGGAGUGCCUCCAGAAGGCGCUUCGGAUCGCGAACUCUGCCACUGAGGAGAUCAUCACUAUUCAGCUGUACUGCGAUACGCUCGACCAGUACUUGUACUACCUCGACCGGGGUGCACCAGCGGUCACGCCAAAGUUCGUUAACAGCCUUGUCGAGCUCAUCACGUCCUCAAUCGACAACAUCGCGUCACCGGACGUGCACCCCGCCCAGCGCGCCCCGCCUGGGCUGCUCGAAGGCGUGCAGACCCCGGAAAUGAUCACGCGUCACUUCCGCAACACGCUCCUGUACAUACUGACGAAGAAAGCAGCUGCGGAAGCCCCGGGCGCCACCCCUGGUGCGGCGGAGUCAAGAUGGGACGACGUCGACAUCGUCGGGGCGCUGCUCAAGAUGGGCAUCCCGACUCGGUGA